AUGCCGCAACAACACCCCCCAUUCGACAUCGAGGAUGUCCUCGACAAGGCUACCCUGGAGGAGAAAUGUAGCUUGCUUUCAGGACACGACUUCUGGCAUACCGCACCCAUCCCCCGUCUGCACGUCCCAUCGAUCCGCAUGUCCGACGGCCCCAAUGGCGUUCGAGGCACACGCUUCUUCAACGGCGCCCCUGCGGCGUGCCUACCGUGUGGCACGGGACUGGGCGCGACAUGGGAUGUCGACCUCGUGCGCGAAGCUGGGACGCUCCUCGGGAAGGAGGCUAAAGCGAAAGGGGUGGCUAUCUGGUUGGGGCCGACGAUCAAUAUACCAAAAAACCUGCUAGGAUCCCCCCUCGGCGGUCGCGGCUUCGAGUCCUUCGCCGAAGACCCCCAUCUCUCCGGCAUGCUGGCCGCAGCAGUCAUCCGGGGUGCCCAGGACCAGGGCAUCAUCGCGGUCCCGAAACACUUCGUCUGCAACGACCAGGAGGACCAUCGGCGGGGGCUCGAGACCAUCGUCACGGAUCGCGCGCUGCGUGAGAUCUACCUGAAGCCGUUCCAGCUGGCGCUGGCGCAUGGAAACCCGCACGCGAUCAUGACGGCGUACAACAAGGUCAACGGGACGCCGUGCUCGCAGCAUCCGGGGCUGUUGCAGGGCAUCCUGCGGGGGGAAUGGGGGUUUCAAGGAGCGACGAUCAGCGACUGGUACGGAACGUAUUCCACCACCGAGGCCAUCACUGCGGGACUCGAUCUCGAGAUGCCCGGCCCCCCGCAAUGGAGAGGCGCUCUUCUCACGGCGGCGCUGUCCGCCAGGGCCGUCCCCAUGGACGCAGUCGAUCAGCGCGCUCGGCAGAUCUUGCAGCUUGUUCAGCAAGCAAACCGGUGUGAGGUGUCCGAGGAGGAAACCUCCCGAGACACCCCCGAGGACCGGGAGCUUCUUCGCCGGCUGGCGUCCGAAAGCAUUGUCUUGCUGAAAAACGAGCAGGCGGUGCUUCCAUGGCGCGACGUGGACAGCAUCGGAGUCAUUGGCGUUCACGCCAAUAUAGCGGCCUACUGUGGAGGCGGCUCUGCGCAGUUGAGCCCGUCCUACGUGGUGACGCCCCUGCAAGGGCUGCGCGCGCACGUCCAGGACAUCACGUACUGCCCCGGUCCGUACUGUCACCAGCUGCAACCCCUCCUCGGACCAUUCAUCAAGAACACCAACGGCAAGCCGGGAGUCACCGUGACCUUCUACAAUCAACCCCACACGGCAGACAAGAGAGAUGCUCUCGAAGUAGUGGACACGGCAGACUCGUCGUUUCAGCUCCUGGACUACCGGCCCCCCGGCGCCAACGACAUCUUCUACGCCACCGUCGAAGGCACCAUCACGCCCGAACACACCGCGACAUGGGACUUUGGCGUCACGUGCCACGGCACAGCGCUGCUCUACGUCGGCGACACCCUCGUCGUGGACAACGCGACGCGCCAACGGCCCGGCGGGUCGUUCUUUGGCAGCGGCACGGUCGAGGAACGAGGAUGGAUCGAGCUGCAGGCUGGCGUGACAUAUCCUAUCCGCCUGGAAUGGGGCAACGGGCGCACGUCCACUCUCCCCCGGCGGGGAGCGACCACCUUGUCGAACGGCGGCGUCCGGCUGGGAGGCUGUCCUCGUUUGGAUCCGGAGCAGGCGAUCGAGGAGGCCGUUGCCCUGGCAAGAAGCAAGCAGCACGUCGUGCUCUUUGCGGGAUUGAACCAGGAGAUCGAGAGCGAAGGGUACGACCGCACAUCGAUGGACCUCCCAGGCCACACGGACCGCCUGAUCAGGGCAGUGCUCGACGCCAACCCCAACGUCAUCAUCGUCAUCCAGUCCGGCACCCCCGUGACGAUGCCGUGGGCCGGUCAGGCGCGGGCGAUUCUGCAGGCCUGGUAUGGCGGCAACGAGCUGGGCAAUGCGGUGGCGGACGUCAUCUUCGGGCAUGUCAACCCCAGCGGGAAAUUGCCCAUGACGUUCCCCAAGGAACUGCGAGACAAUCCCACCUUCUUGAAUUUCGGCGCCGACGAUGGGAGGGUGCUAUACGGAGAAGACAUUUUUGUGGGAUAUCGGUACUACGAGAAGAUGGGGAGGGAACCACAGUUCGCGUUCGGCCACGGUCUGUCCUACACGACCUUUGCGUUGUCCAACUUGCGAGUCGACCCGUCCGGCGCCCAGGUGGAUGUGCAGAACACGGGCGAUCGAGAUGGCGCCGAGGUGGUCCAGCUAUACGUGUCACCUAUCCGGCCAGCCACGGUGCGUCCGGUCAAGGAACUGAAAGCCUUUGCCAAGGUGCGUUUGGCCGCCGGAGCAGCAACCUCCGUGCACAUGAGCCUGGACCGGCAUGCGACCAGCUACUGGAGCGAGACGAAGAACGCGUGGGUCUCGGAGAGAGGCGAGUACGACGUCUUGGUGGGCACAUCGAGUGACCGGAUUGCCCUGACGGGGAGGAUCACGCUGGAGAAAACCGAGAUCUGGCGGGGGCUGUAA